CUUAGUAAACUCAAACAAAUUUGUCGUUUCAAACUUUAGUCGUUUUUCUUUAGUAAAUUGAGCGUAACGUUUUUCUUAUCGAGUUUUCAAAUUUUCAAGUCAAUUUCAUAAUGUAUUGCAGACGUUCGCUAAACAGAAUUAUUAAAGUUCUCUGUAGAUAUUCGCAUUCGUGUCAUUCAAGACAAAUUGUGCUCUUAAAAUGUAAUGAAUUGCGUAAUACGAAAGUCCCAUUGCUGCUUCCCACAUUUGUCAGGCGUUUUGCAGUUGGAAAAAGCAAAGAAAACGAAAGCAAGGGACACAAGCCUUCAGCUAGGCUGGAUUUAAUGGCACCAAAUUUUCGAAGUAACUAUUCCUCGCUUAAAUUUACAUCGAAAAAUCGAAAGGAAAUCGAUGACAAAGUUCAAAAUAUGCCACAAAAAUCUCUCACAUUGAACAUGUGUAGGCAAUCCUCAAACAAUUUGUCUACGUUUCAAACCAAUGUUGAUCGUCUGACUGGAGAAAAACCAGCGAAAAAAGGUAAAAUCGACCGAAAUGAAACGAAAUGUAAAUCUGACUUCUGCCGACAUAUAUGCGCCCUCAACUCGUCAACGUUCACAUCGGAGAUUAACGCUUUGAAACCGCUGUCUGACCAUAAAGUUCCGAAAAGUGUCCUUGAAAAGCUCACAGAUGCCGAAAUAAAAGAGAUCUGUGAAACAAGAUGUCCUUGCAUAGAGGCUCAUAUGCCACGCGCAAAACACAAUUUUAAGGACGUCAAAAGUCAAUCAAAAACAUCCAUUGGCCUGACGAAUAAUUCGGAAAAGCCACCGACAGCCACUCAAUCUACAGCAAAAUUACAAGAUUUAUCUGCAAGAAAGAUAGAAGUUGGUUCCACGAGCUACUCCGGAACAGUCUUUCCAUCAACAAAUAUUAGAACGAUCAGAGGGACAAAUCGAAGAAAUCGAAUGGCAUGGCCCACAAAUAAUCGGUUGUCCAUGGCCAAUGACACUAAUCAGUCAAAUCCAAUCGAUCCCAACGCACUACGUAUGAAGCAAAAAGAUAGUUUAAUUCGAAGUUCAGCUGGUACUAUGCAACCAACGCCGAUCGGCAGUUCGUACAAACCAAAAUCAAAAUACGUAAGAAUGAUGCAACAAAAUCAGACAAGGACUUUGCCAAAACAAGUGACAUUGCCGGAAUAUCAAAUUCAUCCUCGACUAACAUCUCGAAUUGAUCCUCGUCAAACACGUGUAGUUAGGCUCCGACAAGAAAAUCAAAUUGAUAGAAAAACAUAUAACAUUGGUCCUUUUCCUGCACCACAUGACGUAACAAGACCGCAAGAUAGCACCAUCCAAUCUCAUUCAUUACAAGCAUUUCGUACUCAAAUUCAACCGAACGUAAAUCCGUGUGGGAAUGUUGUAAAAAAUGCUUGUCAUUUCGAUCAAUUGAAACCCGUACCAUUCAGAUACCAGCCAUUAUAUCCCAAAAAUCAUCAUUCCGAUCCAGUAAUCGAAAAUCAAGCUCCGAUGUACGUGAGAAUUCCGUACCAGUCAAUCAAUUUACUACAAAGGCAUGACUGGCGUGCUAAAAGUGCUAAAAAUCGACACAUGUCAGGCAUUCAAUUGAAAAUGCCUAGAACGAUUGCAAAUUCAACCGGAUUCGUUGCGGAGUCUGUGAAUGUGAAUAAUGUGACGAUAGGCAGCACUAAAGGAAUUUCAUUGCCCUCAUCACAAAUAGAAAAAACACAACCGAUGGACUCGAGGAGUGGUGAUACUGAAACAUUACAACUAUCGGGGAAAAUCGUGUCGAAAUUAGAUGAGAACCUAACCGUUCUAGUAGAUGGUCCUAGAAAAUUGAAAUUGGUUACUUCUACGUAUCCGCAGUUGCGAGAUGAAAAAGACGUGAUAAUUCGAAUGGAAUAUGUCAGCCUAAGUGAUGCCGAUGCAAGACAUUACUUGACCGGGAAAUACAAUCCACAUUCCUACGCUACGACAACAGUCGGCAGAACUGGAAGUGGCAUAAUCAUUGAAACGGGACAAAACGUUUCCGACGUCAAGCCGGGAGAUAAAGUGUUUAUCAAGCCAAUUAGUUGUGGAAAAUGUUCAUUAUGUCUGACUGAUCACCGGAACUUAUGCGAAUACGUUACUGCAUCGGAAUUGUCUCCAAUGGUUGGCGUCUUAAGCCGUUUCCAUGUUCAUUCGUCCGAAUUCGUUACGAAAAUCCCAGACAAUGUUAGCAUGUUAAAUGGAGCAAUGACCUGGACGCUGUCUACAGCAAUUAGGGCAUGUCAGAAAGCGUCUGUAUCAGCUGGCGAUGCUGUUUUGGUGAUUGGUGGUGGAGCACUUGGAAUGGCGACAAGCUUAGCUGCUCAAUUGUUGGGAGCGACCACUGUGUGUUUAGCAGAUAUUCGAAAGCCGAUUUUGGACGAAGCCGAAAAAUUUGGCAUUGAAAGUGUGUUCCAAAUCGAUCCAAUAUCACCGAGCAAAAAUACUGCCAUCAAACUUUGGGAACAAAUCAACGUUUAUCCUCGUAUAACGUUCGACUGCACUGGAUCACAAUUGGCCAAUGAAAUCGCUAUUAAUGCUACACAAACCGGAGGAAAAGUGGUAGUUAUGACAAAUAGCGGAAUUGAUGUUCAUAUUCCCGUUCCUAUUUCGAAUCUUGUUACUCGUGACAUCGAUGUGAUUGUUUCUACCUGUGGAAACGAUAAGUCUGACAUUGCUGCGCUACGAUGCCUGAGUACCAGGAAAAUACUUUUCGAAAAUUACUUUCAUAAACAUUACGACUUAUCCAAUGCAGACGAGGCAUUCGAAGAAUUGCACGAUCCGAAUCGGUUGGAUUCACACAUUAUUGUAAAAUGCGGUUGUGCCUGUGGUAAACGGGCUGGUUCUGAGGAUAAGAAAAGUUCCUAGAAAAUUUGAUUAGUUCAAACAGUUCACUUUCUACGCAAAUUUUAUGCCAAUAAACCGUACAAUUUCAUCAGUA